GUUAAAAAGCAGGCAGAAGACGUGACGUCAUUGAAAGUACCACUGAACAUUUCAUGACGUUUACACAAAGGUGCACGGAGGGAAGAGCAAAUUGCAACCCGUAAACAGUAGCGACAAAUCAAAUCAAAGCGAAUGUGACAAGACAGACACUUCAGUGAAGCAAGAUGAAUCCACUGACAUUCGUUACACACCCAAGUGUUCGGAUCAAGGGCACUGAAAACAACUACUCUCCAAGUGUCUGUCAAGAUACAUCAUGUACCAACAAGACCCCACACAUGCACUGUCCUUUCUGUGUGAAGUCAGACUCAUACCAAGACCCAGUAAUACUGAAGGCUCACUACAGAGUCAAGCAUGUUGACAAAGGCAUUGAAUUUGCUGGUUUGAAAGUGUUGCGAUGUUGUGACCACUGUGAUAUUGUUGGUGUAAUAAAGGGAGAGAAGAAGUUCAAAGGAGCUCACUGGCAUUGCUACAAGUGUCGGAAUGGCUUCAACAGACGGGAUGAGGCUAUCAAACAUUACAAGACACACUUCAGAAAUCCUCAAACGACCUUCCAAAUACAGAUUGCUCAAGAGGUGAAUCAGUGUAGCAGCAGUGCUUCUGACCCCACACACAGUAUUUGUUCUGACCAGGACAUCAUACACCCUGCCCUCACACAGGCUGCCUGUCUUGCCACUACAGACCACACAGUAUUGACAAGUAAUGGUGUGUGUAAGACCUCUGAAGGGACUGUCCAAGUGUCCAUAGCUGCCAACGAGACAAUAAAUACUGGCGAUGGUCAGACAAUCAUGAUCAUAUCUGAAGAACAGCUGGAGGCAGCUCAGAUAGAAAACACCUUUGGGACACAGAUAAUAUCAGCAGAGGAUGUAAGUUACCUUGAUCCGAAACAGUCACUUGAGAGGAAGUAUGAGUCCGCAGAAAUCCGUUGUCAAAGACUUGAGGAAGAGAAAGCGCAGCUUAAGGCUGAACUCGACCAGAACAGAACACAAAUCCAGGCACAGGCUGAGGAGAUAAACUUGUACAAACGGAGAGAGCAGGAGCUUCUCAACCAGCUGCAGCUGACUGAACAGAUCAAUAUGCAGGAUAUGCUGACUUCUCUGCAGCAGCAGCACAAGGACCUGCUCAGUGCCCAGUUGGCGUCCCUCAGACAGGCCUUCCUCACACGACUACCUCAUGAGCUGGUAGUCAGCUCCAACGUAGUCCACAUUUCGCCCGACUCUUACGAAAUCCACAUCAAUGAUGAGACGGAGAAGGCAGAAGAGACUCAUGUUGUGGGUGAUGGGCAGCAUGUAGUUCACAUCAAACAGGAAUGUGCUGCCAAGGACAAGAGUGGCAGUGAGAAUGGUGUUGGGGCAGCAGGUCCUAACAUCCACUCUACUGCAGAGCUUGUGUCCCCUUGUCUUGUCAUGUGUGUGGAGGAUGAGUCGGGUCAGCAGAACACGGACAGCAUCACUGACCAGAACUCCCUAGUCAUAGACCAUACUCAGAUGGACCAGGAUGCAGCCAACUCGGCCGCUGCCUUAAUAACAAACGGACAAACUGAAGUGGCCAGAUCUCAGAUAGAGAUUACAGAAGUAUUAGAAGAAUCGGAACCAGCUAAGAAAAGACUUAGAUCCACGUGAUGCAAGAAGUCAUAUCUCAAAUCUACCUCUGGUCAAAUGUGUCUAAAGCAUUUGAUAACUAAUGCGCAUUUUGUGGGCAACUGUUUAACCCAAGGUUAACAUCAUGGCAUGGACUUAAUACAGUUACUACCCUAGUCAAAUAAUUUAGAUAUGUUUUCCAGAGGCCCAUUUCUUCCCUUGAUAGUGUUAGAUACACAGUGGAAUAAUCAAUGAUAUGAAUAAAGUAGCUGGUUUACUGUGA